GACAAUUUUGAAAAGUCGUUUAGAAAUCAGUAAAGACGUACACGGCGCAUGAAGUGCAACAUGUUUGUGAUUGUGAAUAACGCGCUAUUGGGCGGCAUUGUCGUCUUCUUGAUUAUAAGUGCCUUAUCGGCAACGUGUGAAGCCAAGCCUGCGUCGACCGAAGCGCCACCCGAAGAGGCCGAGAAUGGCAGCGGCAGCGACAUCGGCAUCGGCAUCGGCAGAGACGAUAUUGAUGCUGAUACUGUUGGCGUUGGGGCAGAGACUAAUGAUAAUAUAAUAACAGACGCCAAUGCCGAAUUUUUAAAAACCUAUGCCGCUCGCAUGCUGACCUACAUGAACCGCAGUGUGUCGCCCUGCGACGAUUUCUACGAGUACGCCUGCGGCAAUUGGCGGAAUGUGAAGCAGGAUAAGCAGACGAUGCACAAGCGCAACAAUCUCCUAGACAUUGUCUAUUCACUUGGGGAUGCUGUGGAGCAGCUGUUGAUCAAAUCGGCCGAUGAACUCGGCUUAGAUUAUCGCUCAGAGCUGCGAAUUGCUCAACAGUUCUAUAACGAUUGUCUCACAGCCGAUCUCUAUCCGCUAAAGGCAGAUGACCCCGCCUAUCUGGAUCUUAUUAGGUCUGUAGGUGGUUUCCCCGCCAUAGACGACGCUUGGCAAUCAGCGAACUUCAGCUGGUUUAACAUGAGCGCCCAUUUGACAAACUAUGGCGCAGAGGGUCUCAUAAAUGAGGAGAUUCUGCCGCAAUUCCCAUUUGCGCCGUAUUUCAAACUACCGGAACUGGGCUUCGACUAUAUUGUGCACAGUGAUAACAUCGAGACGAAUACGACGCGUGGCUACAAACUCAAUGAGAAGCGCAUGCGCGACUAUUUGGGCUGCUUUGCUCUGGAGGAGGACAAGAUAUCGGAAGUAAUAAGCGGUGUAUUCGCAUUCUGGCGCGAUGUGCUCGAAAUUGGUGAUCGCUUUGAGGAGGAUUCGGAUAAAUGUGAUGUGAUGACGACAACAUUGGGCAUUGAAGAGUUUUCGCAAUGGCCGAGCUAUUACGAGAUUGCGUGGAAAGGCGAGAAUUUUAGCUCGUACUCCCCGGAACGGUACUGCGACUAUUUCUAUGUGGAACUGUCGAAAGUUUGCGAGAAACAUAAGCCGGCUGUGGCCAAUUAUCUGGCCAUGAAGCUGCUCUAUGAGAUGGAUGCCAAGUUAAAGGAUGUCAAGUAUCAGCGGGACCAUUGCGUUAUCUCAGUCCAGUAUUCGUUACCCUAUUUGCUGGACAAACUUUAUUUGGCGGAAUAUUUCACCGAUGAAACCCGCACCGAAAUCGCCGCAAUCAUCAAUGAGCUGCGCAAGAGUCUGCGUCUGGUCUUGGAGAAUGCUGACUGGCUGGACGAGGCCACACGCGAGCAGGCGCUGUUGAAAGAGUCGACUAUUGAGUCCCGCAUUGGUAGCUUCAAGGAUCCCGACUUAACCGAGCGUCUCAUCCGCGAGAUCAACAAUCUCACCGUAAUUUCAGGAAACUAUGCCAAGAACAGAGUCGAACUGAAGCGCUUCAGCACCUUCAUGAGGCGUUACAAUGGCCAUAACUAUAAUCAGUUGCCGAACACAACUAAGCCAUUGGAGCUGUUGAUGGGCAUGCAGGUGAAUGCCUUCUAUUAUAACGUCGACAACUCCAUCAAUGUAAUGGCCGGCAUACUGCAUCCACCCGCCUAUCACAAGGCCUGGCCCAACUCGCUGAAGUUCGGCACAAUUGGCUAUCUGGUGGGUCACGAGUUCACACACGGUUUCGACUCCGUUGGCUCCCGGUACGACAGCAAGGGUGAUGCGCGCAACUGGUGGUCGAAAAAGUCGAGCGCCGUGUUCAAUGAGCGUGCACAGUGCUAUGUCAAUCACUAUAAUAGCUAUCGGAUACCGGAAAUCAAUCGCAAGAUCAACGGCAAUCAGACAAUGGACGAGAACAUAGCCGAUGGUGGAGGACUGCGUGAGGCGUUGAGUGCGUAUCGCAGCUACAUUAAGCAACUGCAAAAGGACGAAGAUACGUAUUCAUUGAAAAACGAGCAAAUGCCAGGAUUGGAUCUAUCGCCGGAGCAGCUUUUCUAUCUGGGAUUUGCGCAAGUGUGGUGUGCAGCCUACGAAGAGGAACACUACUGGGAGGAGCUAACCAACGAGCAUACCAUGGACAAAUAUCGGGUGCUGGGCGCUGUGACGAACAACGAUGAAUUUGCGCAAGCCUACAAUUGUUCAUUGGGGACCCCAAUGAAUCCGAAGCCGGACAAGUGUCGGGUUUGGUAAACAAAAAG